AAAAAAAAAAAAAAUGUUUCACCAGUUUAUUACACCAGUGACAACCAAAUUAUCUUUCACAAACGCUAGUGAUCCUCAAAAAUCAGCUAAACCUAUUUCUACAAUUUCAUUUUAUUCUAAGCCAUCAACUGUUGAAAAUGUUUCUUAUAGUAGUGUUCAAAAUGUUCAAAGGACUUCCCCCAUUUCAAAUUCUUGGAACGAUAAUCUUUUGAAAGCACCAAUAUAUUUUGAUUAUCCAACUCCUCCUAACCCUUCUGUUGAAAGAACUUCUUUGGUAACCUUUAACGUUAAUAAUACUCAAGAUACUUAUCCUUCAACGUCCACUUUUCAUGAUUUUUCAAUUAAUUCUUCAGUUUAUCAACCUAAAUCUCCUGUUUAUCGUCCUAAAUCUCCUGAUUCUGUAACAAAAUCAUAUGAUACUCCAAUAUUUUAUCUUUCGUCUCCUACAUCUCCUACAAAUCCUAUAAAUUCCUCAAAAGUAAAUCAUCAACAUCAAGUUAUAAAUGAUUCUUUAGAAUUUCAUACUACUUUAUCUCCUAUAAGUGAUUCAACAAUUAAUGAAUUUAAAAGAUCAACUUUAUCGGAAAAGAAAAGAAAUUCAAUAGAGCAAAGUAAUUCAAUUGGGAGGAUAAAGUAUAACAAGAUUCAUAAUGAUGAACAGGAGAAUAAGGAAAAUAGUCUUGAAGAAGUUUUCAAGAUAAAUAAUAAUAAUGAAUCAAUAGAUGUAACAAAUAUAGAUGAGAAUAUUCCUGCUGAACCAAUACAAACAGUUAAAUUAGAUUCUGAUGUAACAACAGAUGUAAAUCAAACUUUUGUAAAAUCUACUACAACUACAAAUCCAUCAAAUGAAUCAUCAAAACGUGGGAGAAAAAUUAGACGAUCUAAACGUCUUGCGGUUAAACCACCGUUAAACUAUCGUGUCUAGGAUUGGACAUCACGUACUGUAACAUUCUACAAUUCAAACGUGAUCGCUUGAUUUAUUAUUUUUUAAACAAGUUGGAUUUUUAAGUAAUUCGGAUUUUUUGAUCUGACCUUUUGAUUUUAUAGAAAUUAUGAUAAUGUAUAAUCAAACGUGUACUUUUUCAAUAAUAAUAAUAAUAAUAAAUCAAU